AUAUUAUACUCGAUCUCCCCUCUCGACAAAUCUUACAAUCUGCAUACAAUCAAGUGAAAUCGGUCGGUGCAAUUGCCGCAAGAAUGAAAUGGAGGGGCCUGCAGAUGUUGGAAGAAGAAAUCGCCGACGAAGCCUCCAAAUUAGUAUCCCAAUUGGAAGAAGCCAUCCAAUCUCAUGUCUCGGAGCUCAAGAUCGCUUCGUCCGAGGCCGCGCAACCGCACGCCCUAAAAGAAGUGACCCAAUGCUUCACGGGAAAGUCGAAGAAGCUCAGACUAGAAUCCAAAUUCGAAGAUAAGAUCCAUUCUCGUUUCUCGAAGUGCGAUAGCACCGAUCGAAGCCGAGAAGAUUGGAGUGGAUGGUCCACAGACGCGCGAUUGCACGCUCUAACUGAAGAAAUUCAAGUCUUGGUGGGAAUGGUGAAGAAGAUGGAGGAGGACUACGCCGAUGCGUUGUACAAUUCCUUGUUUGAUGAUCAAGUGGUAGACGAAGAAGAUGAAAUAGUUGAUAAUAAUGAUGAGUUACAGAUGAUAGGAUUAUCUGAUCUGUACUGCCAAGUAAAAGGGAAGUUGUUCGAGGGCAACUUUUUCCAAGUGUUGCCACUCGUUGGGAUGGCCGGCAUCGGUAAAACUACUCUUGCUAAGAAGAUUUUUGAAGACGCGGAUGUUGUGAAGCGCUUCGAGCUUCGUGUUUGGGUGAGAAUAGGGCGGAGGUGCCGGUUGGAGCAAAUCCCACAACGCAUUCUGGCUGAGGUCGUGGGAGGAGCUGAUGAAGCUGAUGAGCGCUUUUUGAGAGAGAGUUUGAAGGGUAAGAGGUAUCUCAUUGUAUUGGAGGAUGUAUGGGAAAGGAAUGUGGUGUAUCACUUGCACUCAUUAUUAAGUGGCUUGAGAGAUAAUGGGAGCCGAGUUUUGCUUACAACCAGGCUGCAACAAGGGGAUGAUGACGUGGCGAUUCGGCUCAUGAAUAAAGACGAAAGUUGGGAUCUUCUUCGUGGGAAGGUCUUUGGCGAGGAGCCGUGCCCUAAUCUACUAGAGAAGCUUGGAAGGAAGAUUGCGGAGAAUUGUGAUGGUCUUCCUCUCACGAUCCUCGGCAUUGCUGAUAAACUAUCCAAAUUCGAGAAAACUCCAACGCUCAAGUACUGGAGCGAGGUUGCAGCAAAGAAAAAUCAUCAGAUUUUCAAGGAUGUAUAUGAGGAAAUCUCAAAGGUACUACGUCCAAGCUAUGACUACUUACCUCAACUCUUGCAACUCUGCUUUCUCUACAUGGGCGUUUUCCCUCAAAAUUAUGAAAUCGUGCGAUCUAAGCUCGUUAGUAUGUGGGGUGUUGAUGGAUUUCUUGAACGAAAUGUGAGUUUUGAUGCAACGAUUUGUUUGGAGGAGCUUGUUUCGAAUAGUGUUGCUAUGAUCUACCAGAAAAGCACAGGUGCUACUUCAUCAGUUGGUGUGAAAGAGAUCAAAACUUGUGGCCUCCAUUCUUCGUUUUGGCAUUUGGCCAUUAGAGAAGCGAGGGAGAUUAAGUUUUGUCAAGCCCUAAUUAGUAUUUAUGAUGGUUUAGAUAAAGAGAUAUUAAUAGGCCAACACAGAUUAUCAUUCCACAACAACAUUUUGUUCUGCAUCAAGAAUGUGUGUGAAGUGGUGAUGGACAAUUGUGCAUCCACGACUCGUUCUCUUCUGUGUUAUGGUCCAUAUCAUCAAUAUCAAGUGCCCAUAUGUUCUGGUUUGAGUUUGCUUAGAGAACUCGAUGUUCUUACAAUCCGUUUCUACGAGUUCCCAAUGGAGGUACUAGGACUAGUUGAGUUAAGGUACCUCGCCCUCACUUUGGAUGGGAGGCUCCCUGCUUCGAUAUCCAAGCUCUCGAAGCUUCGGUUCCUCAUUGUUGGACGACACUUUGUCAUCAAAUCUUGCAUAGAUCGAUCAUACCUGCCUGUGGAGGUAUGGGACAUGAAAGAAUUGCAGCAUGUUAGUGUCAUGGGGAAUGACUUGGCAGAUCCUUGUGGAGCUUUGUUGGAGAACAUAUCAACACUUUCAAAUGUAAGUGUUUGGAGUUGUACCAAAGGGGUUCUCAAGGCAGUCCCCAAUAUUGGGAAAUUAGGAAUUCGAAUCGAAUUGGCUCCAAAUGGUGGAGGUGUGCCUUUGAGAUGCUUUGAUCACAUUUCUUGUCUGGGGAAAUUACUGUCGCUUAAAUGUGAUGUGGUGAAUCCCGGGGGCGGCCCCCGGCUUGGUUCGUUUGCGAUUUUGCCAUCGAGCUUGAUGAAGUUGAGUUUGAGCGGGUUGGGUUUGGCUUGGGAAGAAAUGAGCAAGAUUGCUUGGUUGCCGCAUCUUAAAGUGCUGAAAUUGCGAAACUAUGCUUUUAGAGGGGCGGGUUGGAGGGUGGAGGGAUCGGGAUUUCCUUCACUUGGAUCACUUUUGAUUGAAGACACUGACCUAGUGGAGUGGAGUGUAGGGAGUGAAUGCUUCAAGCGCCUUCAUCGCCUAACCAUGAAACACUGCUACAAAUACAAGAAGAUGUGUGGGGAAUUUGGAGCGUCUAUCAGGAAGAUUGGGUUUGUUGACUGCAAUGAGGUUGGUAUGCUUCAAAUGAAAGAGGUCAUGCCAUGGCUAUGGAUAGAAUGGCGAUACCAUCUCUCCUUCCUUCAUGGGGAAACGGAAACUCAAGAAUGAGUAUGCAAUUCAUUGCUAGCUGAGAAUGAGAUCACCUCUUCCUGAUUUCUCGAUCGAGUCUAUCAAGUUGAGCCUGAGUGGAUUCGGAUACGAAUGGGAAAUCUCCAAGUGCGAUGCUAUGCUUUUCAAGGGAAGUAGAAGAUAAUGGAUUCUUGAAGCUUCAAUAUCUUACAGUUGAAGACACUGAUUUGGAGAAAUGGAUAUAUCUUCCCAUGGCUUUGCUGCCAAAGCUUGAAACAUUGCUACAAUUUGGAAGAAAUUCACUGGGAAUUUGAAUCAGCAGUCUUUACAAAGAUUGAAUUAGUAGACUGCAAUCCUUUAGGUGUGACAUGUCUACAACAAAUACGAGAGGCAAUAUUGAGAAGUAGACAUUACGUCCCAGAUAUUUUUGUCCAUUCUUCAUGAAUGACAAAAAAUCAGCGUUAACAGUUUUCUUUUUUAAGUCUGGACAGUAAAAAUGUGAUAAAGUAACUGGAAUUUUGGCACUAAUUUCACUGUAAUUCAAAUUCCCUCGAAUUUGUCGCGCUA